GAAUGGCAAUGGUAUUCACAUUAUUAUCAUUCCUCAAAGAUUCCUUAACAACAUUUGUGAUAGAACGACAAGAACAAAGAAAGAAAGCUGAAGAAGAUCGAAUUAGAAAAGAAAUUGAGGCAGAGAAUGCAAAAUUCCAAGGUACAAAAGUAACAGUCGCAUCAUUCUUAGAAUGGAAGGAGAAUUUUGAACGAGAAAUGACUGAAAAAGAAAAGGCUACGAAAAGUUUAGCUUUAUUAAAAAAAGAGGAGAUUAGAAAGAAUAAGCUCACUGGUCGACAAUUAUUCGAACAAGAUGAAGCGUUUGCCAAUUCUGAUGCCACAUUUAUAGAAGAAGGCGAUGUUACAGUGGAUAUUUCGUUAUUUGAAAGAGAAGUUGAUAUAGAAAGUGAAGAUGAGGAAAAUAGUGUUCUUGACUUAGUAAGAAGUAGUACUGAUUAUUUUCAUAAUUCGGACGAUGGCCGCCUAAUAAAAUUACAACGUAUGUUUACUGAUAUGGGACUAAGUAAAGAUCUUAAUGAUCAAUUCAAAGAGAGAGCAUCAGGGGAAACGGAUAACGGAGUCGAUUUCUCUGUACUUGUGUUGGGAACUGCAUCCUGGCCACUUUCGCCGUCAAACACAAACUUUAUUAUUCCUGAAGAG